AUGGCACGGCGUUUUCUAGCUGUGCUCGCCGUGGCCCUGGCGCUCUUGCAGGCCGCCUCGGCCAAGUCCUGGCUGGACAAGAGGUUCAACACGGACGGCACCGUCCGGACGGGGUACGACGCCUCGGGCCAGGAGGUGGUGAUGCUCAAUCUCAACCAGCAAUCCGGCGCCGCCGGCUUCAACUCCAAGGAGCAGUUUCUCUACGGUGAGUUCAGCAUCCAGAUGAAGCUCAUCCCGGGAAACUCCGCCGGCACCGUCUCCUGCUUCUACCUUUCUUCCGGUGAUGGCGACGGGCACGACGAGAUCGACAUGGAGUUCAUGGGCAACUCCAGCGGCCCUGGCCAUCCAGUGGUGCUCAACACCAACGUGUGGGUCAACGGCGACGGCAAGAAGGAGCACCAGUUCAACCUCUGGUUCGACCCCGCCGCCGACUUCCACACCUACACCAUCAUCUGGAACCCGGAGAACAUCCUCUUCAAGGUUGACAACCUCUUCAUCCGGUCCUUCAAGCGCUUCGCCGGCAUCCCCUACACUAGCUCCAAACCCAUGAGGCUGCACGCCACGCUCUGGGACGGCAGCUUCUGGGCGACCGAGAAGGGCAAGGUCCCCAUCGACUGGUCCAACGCGCCCUUCAACGUCUUGUACCGGAACUACUACGCCAACGCCUGCGUCAGCGGCGGCGCGUGCCAUGCCGGCAGCGACGGGUGGAUGAACAGGCAGCUCAACGGCGCCGAGUGGGGCACCGUGAAGUGGGCGGAGCGCAGUUACAUGAGCUACAACUACUGCGAGGAUGGGUACAGGUUCCCGCAGGGGUUCCCCGCCGAGUGCAGCCGCUACUGA